AUGGACAAAUUCGGCGCAGCAAAUAAGUCAACGGAGAACCUUCUGCGUGAUAAAUUCGUGCCCGAGACAUCUCCGACUAAUAUUCCAACUGAUGUACUCAUUAAACAGGGGCUAGUAACGGAUUCCACCGAAUCACUAAUUCAUGGAGGCGCAGAAAGAUAUAUUGUAAACGCCCUAAAGCCUAUAGAAUCAAACAAAACAGAAGACGCUUUUGAAGACCGGCCGUUCCAUCUUCCUUCCCCACCGCUUGAUUUGACAAAUCUAGAGUAUGAAGAAGUUGCCGAUCUUUCUAAAAGUGGUUCACAAUAUGACUUAAAUAAUACAACCUUUGAAGUAAUCGAAGAUUUAUACUCCCAAAUUGAGGCUUUUUUGGUUCACUUUAAAUUAUCCAGAAGUUUUUUACUAAUUUUCAAAAAUUACGUCAGUAUCCUUAUUCAAGAAGGCAUCAAUCCGUUACACGAUGAAUAUUUCAAAAUAUUGGAAGAUGAACUGAAAGGAGUUUUCACUUUCAAUUCUGUUAUAGAAGAGGUCUUAGAAAUAUUUCUAAUCCAUCCUCGCAACAAAUUCAUUGCAUUGUCUCUUGCGGAAUAUACUUACGCUAGGAACAAAAUCAGAAGACAUUUUAAUCACUGGAGAACUGUAUAUGAGUUAAAUGAAGGGGCAAACAGAUUUGCAGAUCAAGCAAAAAUGAAGGUAAAGGAAGCACUCUUUUAUAUUUGGAGUGAUAGAACAUUAAAGUACUCACAGAUGGCCAGUGAUGAAGCUGAAAGUUUCGGGAAUACCUGGCUACUAUUUCGUUCGUUUCAACAAUGGAUAACUUUAACACAAACUCUCAAAGAGCAGUCAAGAUUAGCCGAUCAGGCUUUUUUGAAUAAGAUGUUUAGGAAAAUUCUCAAGGCACAAGAAAAUUGGAAACACUUAGAAACUGUCAACACCGACAAUAUAAGGCACAUUUAUUUACGAACAUGGCUUCAUAUAUGGAAGUUAAAACAUAGAGAAAUAAAUUAUCUUGGGUUGAAAAGAAGGGUUUUCGGAGGAAUAAAACAGAGAUUUAUAAAUUACGAAUACAAUAAGAGCAUUUCAGACAAAGUGAGGUCAUUAUCUUUACAAAGGGUAUAUUUCAGCAAAUGGAGGAAGGAGAGUGCUGAAAAUAAAGAUAAGCUUGGGACACUUUAUGGGCUGGGGGAUAAGUUUAUUAAACAAAAGUUUUUCCGCAAAUUAAAGCGGUUGCUUCAGUAUAGUCGACAAGAAGCAAUUGUAAAGAGUAAACUAGAUGAGACACUUUUGAGAUGUGUUUUUGAGAAGAUGUGGUUAAAACGAUUCGAAGACCAUCUGCAUUUGUACUCAAUUAUCAGUCUAAAAGAGGCUAACCUCGUAAAGGGUGUAUUUCAUUCAUGGAAAAAGCUUCUAUAUACUGACCUUAAAGCAAGCGAUUAUUCGAGGACAAAUCUGCUCAAGUUUUCAUUACGAAAUUGGAAACUUAAGGUAAAGCUAAAAAAUUUUGAACAGAAAUACAAAACGAGUAUUAUAGCUAGCGCGUAUCGUAGCUGGAGAAAAAGGAUACAGUAUGGGAAAAUAUCGAGUGACCACAUUAAAAUGGCAUUUUAUGCGAAACAUUUCGAUGUGUGGAAAAGGAAGAUACUGCAAAUGAAGUCUAUGGAUGAAGAAGCAUCCUCUUUUUACGAAAAGGAUCUUGCAAGUGAAUGCCUAACUAUAUGGAAGGAGCGCCUGAUUAAGACCAAAGAAUUGGAGGAUAGAUACAAUUUCUUAAGCAAGACACAUGCAAUUUUGACUGUAAAACGGACAGUAAUGCAUAUUGAUAAUGUUCAUUUGCUAUAUACCAAACUAGCACCCUCAAUGGAUAAAAUAAAGCUUUCUAGGACCUUUUUAAAGUGGCGGAAAGCUACUAGUUCCAGAGUCAGGCUUAAAUUAAAUGAUAUUCUACACGUUUAUGAACUGAGCAAAGGAUACAAACUUCAAAGCGAAUUGUUCAAUGCAUGGCGGAAUAGAUAUUACUUCUACUCAGAAGAAUAUAAUGUUAAAGCUAGUUCAAAGAAAAAUAUUCAGCUUAAAAAAAUGGUGUUGAAGAAAUUUCGUGGAAGACUUUCAGAAAUAGUAAAAUCAGAAGAAUUAGCAGAUGAAGUUCGCGAAGAAUUUAUGUUAAUUAAGACAUUCUAUAUUUGGAAAACUCAUCUAGAUGAAUUAUUAUACAUGAACACAUUACUGGAACAGUCGGAAGCCAAUAAACAAUUCCUAAUUACAUCCAAAUUCUUGAAAAUGUGGAGUCUUCGAUUUCUAAAAAUCAAACGUAAUGAUGAGACAGUGCAGGUGUUCCGCCAUCGCUGGGACAGGGCUACUGUAAGGGGAUUGCUAUUAUUGUGGAAAAAUCGUUCAGAUAGUUCGCCAAAGAGGAGGAAGGACUUUGACCUCAAACAUGAAUUGAAAACUCCCAUAAGAUCAGACUCACAGAGCGUUUCAACUAUACCAGGAUCAGAAAGAAUAAAGCAGCAUAGAAUGGAAGCGAUGAAAUCACAUUAUAGCAGAGCAAGAAGGGCAAUACCAAGUCCGGUGAAAUCUUCUAGUGUUCUUGACUCUACAGCUAAAAAGCAGAUCAAGCUUGAAAGUACAACAGACUUAAACGGAUCCCCGACGCGAGCAAAACCUCUAAGGUAUUCUCCUAGGCGUACUAAUAAAAACAUGCCAUCUAAAGUUGACCAUAUUGAUUUUGGCAGAAUACCCGCUGUACCAUUCAGCCUGAACGUCAAUUCUCCUAAGGUCGAUCAAGAUAUGGAUUAUAUAAGAGAGCAUGAUAGAUCCCCAUUGAGUCGUAAACGUCAAUAG